AUGGCUAAUUCCGGGGAGAAGGUUCUCAAAAUCGGUUUGAACAAGGAUCUGAAUGCGGUACCGGCCCUCCAGACGUACCCAAAAUGGCAGAGGGAAGGCGUACCUCAUGGUUGUCGCAAGGCGGCAGGGUUUGUGCUGCGUGCGUUCUGGGUCGAACACAAGAACGGAAAGCAAGCGCAGAAGCAGAUCAAGCGUGAAGAAUGGGCCACGAUCAGCACAAACUGGGCAGAUCCUUGCAUUGACUGGACCAGUUGUGACACUCUGGAGGCGAAGGAAGCAUUCGGUUGGGAGCGCACCCCAGCACAGAUGUACGAUAGCUAUCUGAAGAUGGGAUCGCCAGCGAGAACCACAACUUUGGAGGCAAAGUCGCCUUUGGAUAAGGAGCGCAAAGGUACCAAGAGCGCUGAUGAUGACGAGCCGAAACAGGAGGAUCUGAGCAUCGCGGGUCCGAGCCUCACCGCCGGGAAAAGUGAUAGCAAGCGCCAGCGCGCGAACAGCUGCGAAGACGCUCCCGAGCUGUGGGCGGAAUUCUGCAUCUUUCACUUACGUAGGCAUCCUGGUGAUAACGAUCACAUCGAAGAAACCCGCGAAGCAUUCCAGUCAGAAUACCAGUACCCAGCACCAAGUGUAGAACAGAUACGGAGUAUGUAUACCGGAAGCCGUCAAGGCAGACAACUCGCAGUGAAUCCGCUCGAAGCGAACUCUGAAGCUGCCACCACAGCCAGUACACAUGGGCAGAUGAAGCGAAAGGCAUCCGGUUACAAUGCAGUAUCUAGGUUUAGGGCAAUCCGUUUCCGCCCGACUCACCUCUCCGAAGAUGAAGGGACCGAGGGGGAGAUCCGGGAGGCUACGCUCAAGCUCCGGGAGGUACAUGGCCUGAACUAG